AUGGCCUCUACCCGUGUGCUCGCCUCCCGCCUGGCCUCGUCCAUGGCCUCCACGACCACCAAGGUCGCCCGCCCUGCCAUGCGUGUCCAGGUCGCCAACGCUUCCAAGCGCACCAUCACUGGCAUGAGCAAGCCCAGCCCCCUCCAGGCCGUCAAGCGCCAGAGCAUCAUCAACACCACCACCCGCUCUGCCUUCAAGCAGCAGGCCCGCCCCUACAGCUCCGAGAUGGCCAACGCCCUGGUUGAGGUCUCCAAGAACCUGGGUAUGGGUUCCGCCGCCAUCGGUCUGACUGGUGCUGGUAUCGGUAUCGGUCUCGUCUUCGCCGCUCUCCUGAACGGUGUUGCCCGCAACCCCGCCCUGCGUGGCCAGCUCUUCUCCUACGCCAUUCUGGGUUUCGCCUUCGUCGAGGCCAUUGGUCUUUUCGACCUCAUGGUUGCCCUCAUGGCCAAGUUCACGUAA